AUGAGUUUAGUCAUGAACAACCAUUUCAAUCGUUUUAGAUCACACAGUUUCGAGCAAACCCUUCGUUUCAAACGUUCCCUUGACGAUGAGUUGGAAACAUCAAACAAGAGACCCAAAACAGCACCUCCUUCUCCACCAUCAAACAACCACUCAAAAAUUGUCAUUGAAAACAUCGUCAAGCCAAAACUACCACCAUCAAGUCUUAGGUCCAAAUCUUUAUCUCCAAAGAAGCAUUUUGCCAACCUCCUUUCACCUUCAAACUCACCAUCAUCUUCCCCCUUGGGAUCUCCAGAAAAUAUCAAAUUACCUGCAAUCAGCACGUUGAAACUGGGACACCCUACCCAGUUCUCCUCCACAGUUUCACUGGAGUUUUUUGAUACCAGCAGUGAUAAAAGUUGGAGGUCGGAGUUAUUGGACAAGAUCAUGAAGGAAUCAAAGACUUACCACCUCACUAAAUACAACUACCUUAACAACAACAGCAAACCAAAUUUUACAUCAAAAUUAAGCUCCAAAAUGUCAUUGGAGACGACAGCUGCAGUCGACAAGAAAAUAAACUUUCCAUUUGAGUCAAAUUAUACAUACUUGAAUGGAGCAUUUAUGACGGAUGUUAAAAAUUUCCCACAAUAUUUGAAACUUGCCAACCAGCCAAAGGCACUCGCUUCUCCACCGACUGAAACACCACGUGCACUUCAGCCCCCUGCAUUUACCCAACCCAAAACACCAACAACACACCAAGCUGACAAAUUACCCAGCUUCCAUGCAUUACCGCUGGUCGGAAAUUCAUUUUCAUCACCCACUGCAACCACCACCACCACCACAACAACAACCACAUCAUUUCACCCCUCUUCCUUAGAGCACUACCACCAUCAACGCGCAUCGCCAUCUGCCAAUACGACUCACAAAUUCAUCAUUCAAUCUCCAAAACUGACACGUUCAGACUUGCCGAAAACACCACCUAGAACUCAUCAUCACCAUCACCACCACCAAAAUACUCCUAGAGCAUGCAUAUCUUGUGGCCUGCUGGAUUCUCCAUGUUGGAGGCCCUCUUGGUCUACUAAAGAGGGCCAACUUUGCAAUUCUUGUGGGUUGAGGUAUAAAAAGACAUCAGCACGGUGUCUUAACGAUUCUUGCAGAAAAGUGCCUGCCAAGGGGGAGUGGGCAUUGAUGCAAAGCAAAGGAAAGGUGACUUUUGAGGACGGAACGGACGGUUACAGCUGUUUGGAUUGUGGGUGGAAAGUCGAAGUCAAGUAA